CUCUCAAACUGGAAAGUCCCUUACAGCCAGACAGCUUCCAGUCAGGAAUAAUGCUCUUUCCUUUGUCACUUGGUACCAGGGACUUGGAUAGUGUCUCCUAUUGGUUGUCUUAGUAGAUAUACAAUACUGUCAGAGCUUUUUAUUUUGUUUUUUUUUCUCACAAAUGAAUAUCAUCCUUUGGAGUCGAGGCUGGUGUUAGCUUGCUAGCUUUUUGUGCGUGUAGCUGUUAGCCGAAGGAUGUUUUGUUGUUAAAGCAGGCAGCUCUCCCAUCGUCUGGGAGAGGAUAUUUAUUGGCUUUUAAUGGUCGGUCUGCUUCUGACCGUCUCUGUGUAAAGUGAGCCGUGAAAUCCACCGACACAGACCGGGGGUCCGGUUUGACUGAAGAGGAAGGAGAUGGGAAACUGUUUGAAAUCUCCGACCUCGGAUGAUAUAUCUUUGCUACAUGAAUCCCAGUCGGACCGGGCCAGCUAUGGAGACGGUACCGACCUGGAUCAGGAACCACCACCCCCCUAUCAGGAGCAGAUCCAUGUGCCUGUCUACCACCCGACGCCCAGCCAGGCCCGGCUGGCCACUCAGCUGACUGAGGAGGAGCAGGUCCGCAUUGCUCAACGCAUCGGACUCAUCCAGCACCUCCCCAAGGGUGUGUACGACCCGGGCCGUGAUGGUUCUGAAAAGAAGAUCAGAGAGUGUGUGAUCUGCAUGAUGGACUUUGUUUAUGGCGACCCCAUCCGGUUCCUGCCCUGCAUGCACAUCUACCACAUGGACUGUAUAGACGACUGGCUGAUGAGAUCUUUUACCUGCCCCUCCUGCAUGGAGCCUGUGGAUGCAGCGCUGCUCUCCUCCUACGAGACCAACUGAUGCCUAGACCAUGCUGGAUUGGCCAGAUCUCCACACAUACAAAAAAAAAAAAUCCCUCCUCACUGCUUACUUAUAUCCUGUAUUAGUAAUACGAUGAAAUUUAGGCCAUGAUUUCAGGAGAUAAAAUACUGGAUCAGUUUUGUUUCUGUGCAGAUAAAUGGACUUAAUAUCGAAGGCAUAUUAAUGCCUUCAUUUCCUCAGUGAGCCUGCAGGACAGGACUGAAUCUGAGAAAGGACUUAGGAAAUAAAGAUGAUGGUUCAGACAAGCAGGGGGGAGGCUGGGUGAGAGACAAGAUAGGGCCGAUCAAAAGAUAUGAUUAUGAAUAGGUUUUAAAUAUAUAUGCACAUACAGACUCUUGCACAGUUCUUUCACUUUACUUCCAGCCUCUGAAAUGUUCCCACCAGAAGUGAGAGGAGAUGGCUGACCUCCACUGGAGGGAUCAUCAUGUUUCCCAGACUGCUGGUAACUGAAGAAGCCCUUAGAUGAAGGAAACGUAAAAAAGAGAUGACCUCUGACUGAGAAACUGAUGCAAAGAGUACCGCUGAGGUAACUCACGACAGGAUGGGGCCUGUGCUCGUCUUCAGAAGCAGACGGGCUUAGUUUUGUUUGUCUGUACGGAUAUCUUCUGUCUUUGAUGGGUUAAAGAUUUGAUUGACUUCUCCCCUGGUUCUGUGAAUGUGUUUUUGUUUUUCCAACUAAAGGGCUCUGUUAAAUCUGUGUUCACCAAUAAUGUGGGCAUAACAAAAAGGACAUGCAGUCUGCUUCUUAUUUACUAAUGUAAUGGAUUGCUGUUAAAACUGUUCCUUUUUAAGGUUCAGAUUCCCCCAUGGGAAUAUGAGAAAAGCACAAUUCAGCCGCUUUUUGUUUUUUUUUUUGCACUUUUUAGUCAGAUUUAAAAGCAGAGAAUCAGCAUUACUACAAUGUGAUCCAUUAUAUCUGCUUUAUACAGGAGACUAGGCUAAAACAAUGUGUCCAAAUCCAUGUAGGCCGAAAAUUAAAACUGCUUAAAAGUCUCAAGUAAGACAAUGAAAAAUUAUAACAAGUUAAAUUUAGUUAAUUAUCCUGAAUCAUAUUUUAUUAUGUUAAUUUUUAAUUUCUCUGCACUAAGAGAACUCUGGUUGGGUAAUCUCUACUGUAUUUUUACAUUCCCAUUCUCAGCAUCGCCCAGUUUACUGGAAUGGCACAAGAAAAAUAUUUGCUAAAAUGAUGUUCUCCUUCUUCUGUGUGGGUUUUUACCGUGAAUCUGACAGGAUGUCAUGUAAACUGUUCCUGUGCUCCUUAUAUGACUACAAUCAUGUAAAAACCAGUAAAUUGAGUGUGUUAAAGUGUAAGGCUCCCACCCUGAGUGUUUUUGGAAAACCUUCACAGAUGGAUAGGUGGUUAGCGGUCUUUACCUUAGUUUUUUGCACAGUACUUUAUCCUUGUUGUAUAUAUAUUUAGUCUUCUGCCCCCCAGGUGGAGCUCCAUGGCCUUAUACUUUACACAGGUGAGAGCUGGUUGAUCGAUAUGUCUUUUUAUUCUUUAUGGGAUAUAUAUAUAUAAAGUCUGGCCCUCUAAAAAUCUGCUCUCUACUAC